AUGAAGAGUGGGAAGGAGUUCAAAGACGACAAAGAAAAAGACAAAGACAAACAGCAAAAGAAGAAAGAGAAAGCGGAGGAGAAACAGCGCAAAAAGGAAGAGAAGGAGAAGAAGAAGCUUGACAAGAAAGACGAGAAAAAGCAAAAGCAUCGGACGGUCUUGUCCAUCUUUUUUCCUUCAAAGCAUCCCCAUGACAAAUCAAACCCGGAAGGCUACUUCGACCAAUUAUCUCCAAAGCCUCAAGAUUCCAAAAGUCCUUCUAUUCAAAUGAACUCAAAUGAUGGUGUUUUGCCAUCGAGUCAAAAUUACAAUGAAGAUCAACAGAAACCAAAUGACUCAGGAAACCCUAGUCUCCUCAUUAAGCACGACAGAGACUCUAUUUCUAACUUAGAAACACCCACAGACAUUUUAAAAAGUGUUUUAGCCAUAUCGGCACCCCUCGAACACGUUUUUAAUAUCUCAGACUUCCCAACUGAAAUGAAUUCGUUCCGAAUGUUAAACCAGAAAACCGUCCAAGUCGUUGGUAAAGAUCUUUAUGUCUCAAAUCUCACAGAUAUACUCAAGUUACUGACCUUCGUCCAGAAUAAAGAGUUUAUAAAACAGAUCUUAGUAUACCAACAACUCUAUGACGGUCUCAACGUACUUGAAGCAAUUAUAGAGAACUUCUUAUACGCAUUUCAAUCCGAAAAUUCGUUGCGAGAGAAGAUGAGUGCAAGCUACGUCAAGAUCCUCACAACUUGGCUCUCGACAAGAAGCGACCAAUUCUCAGACCAAAGUCUUCGUCUCGCGACAAUGGAGUUUGUCAAGUUCCUCAAAGGGCUUGUUUCCAACUCACAAUUUCUUUUAAGUCCCGUCGAUGAAGCCGAGAAAGCCAUUGCAACGGUUUUUGAAGCAAAUGGGAUCAUUUCGAUAAAAAAGAGGCGGUUAGUUGGGCAAGAAGACCAAGAAAUAGCUUUUGAGGACGUUUGUAUCGGUGACCCCAAAUGUCUUUCAAUGCUUCCAGAGCAACUCAUUAACGUCGAAUUAAUGUUCCUUUCCAAAAUCAAUCCACAUGAUUAUUACGUCUUCUUAGACAAUAAGACUCGUAAUGUUUCUGUAGUGAAUACUUAUGUCCAAUGGGGAAGACUCUUUUCACUCUGGAUUGCAUAUCAAAUAGUCAGAGAAAAAGAUGAAGAAAGGCGCCGACAGUGUCUCUUUGCUGUUCUCAGUUUAGCAACCGAGUUACUUCGAAAGAAGAAUUUCAAUUCGUUUGUGAGGGCGAUGGAAGGUAUUGAGCACCAAGCAGUCAGAAGACUUGAAAAGACGUGGAACAAACUUGGGAAGAAAGAGUGGAUCAUUUAUGCCAGUUUAAGAGAUGUGGAACAUACAGUGAAAUGUACUAAUGCAAGUGUAACUGUACAACCACCUUGUGUGCCUGACUUCCAAUAUCAACUUGAAAGGAUGGAUGGGAUGUAUAAAGGCGUUGGAGAGAAAGAAUCAAAUAAAAGGGAUACCAUGAUUAACCUUGGAAGGUAUACAAGAAUAGGAGCUGUGAUAGACGUGUUAGGGACUUACGCAGCUGGAAAUGGAUAUAAGGAAAACAAAUCACUCAUAGAGUUCUUCACCGGCGAGAUAUACACACUCCCGCUCGACGACGCAAACUUGCUCGACUUCUCUUUGAGGGCUGAACCUCCAAAAUGA